AUGCGAUCCAAUACUCCUGAAAAGGACUACGAGGCUCCACAUGCCCUUCCCAUUGAGACAUUGCCUGAGCCAGAUGGCGAAGCCCGAUCUCCCCUUGAAACUGCUAUUCGACACAAGUUCGAUCGACGAAUUCUCCCCCUGGGAAUUAUGAUCUAUCUCGUGGCCCAGAUAGACCGAAGUAACAUGAGCAACGCUGUAGUUCUCGGCUUGAUUGAGGACACGAAUCUCACGGGCAACCGCUUCAACGUUGCUUUGACACUAUUUUUUGUCACCUAUAUUCUUUUCGAAAUACCUGCCAACCUGAUGUGCAAAUAUUUCGGCCCUCGCUUCUGGCUCAGCUUUAUCACUUUCGGAUUCGGCAUCACGACUAUGUGUAUUUCUUUUGUGAAGACUUACCCGGCUCUCGUCGUCUGUCGUCUACUCCUUGGCGUUUUUGAAGCAGGCGUGCAACCGGGCCUGAUGUUCACUUACUCUCAAUUCUAUCGGCGUCAUGAGAUGGCCUCUCGCUGGGGAAUUAAAGCAGCAGGCGGAUCUAUUGCGGGCGCUUUUGGCGGUCUUCUCGGCAGUGGGCUGGGAAACCUCCCCAAGUCUGGCAUGUUUGAGCGUUGGAGGUGGAUCUUUCUGGUUGAGGGCCUAUUAACCGUCGUUCUUUCCGCCUUCGUGUAUUGGCUCAUGCCAAAUAGCGUUAACAGCGCAUCCUUUCUCAGCGCAUCCUUUCUCAGCGCGGAAGAACGGCAAGUCGCAGUUAAACGAAUCGACGAGGAAAACAAGAUGCAUGUCGGAGGCGAAGAUCAGUCCCCUUGGCGACUCGCAGUUCUCAAAAAGGCUCUCUGGAACGCCAAUACCCAACUAGUAUCGUUGGGAAUCAUGAUGUCUCUGCUGUCUCUGACAUCGCUGUCUUUGUUCAUGCCGACCCUGCUCAAAUCAAUGGGCUACUCCUCGACAAAUGCUCAACUUCUUACUGUGCCGCCUUACGUGCUCGCCGCUUGCGUUUGCAUUGCCGCAUCAUUCGCUUCCGACCAUUUCCGAGCCCGCGGUGUUGUCAUGCUCGUGUUAAUACCGCUGACCAUGGUUGGGUUUCUUCUACUUGCACUUGUGCCUUCUACCGCGGUCCGCUAUUUCGCCCUGUUUCUCACUACGGCUGCAGCUUUUACAUGUUCCCCCAUUCUACUUGCCUGGGUUGUGAGCAAUUCUGCCGGCCCAAGCGUAAGGGCCAUCGUGAGCGCCUAUGCUGUCGGCGAAGGGAACGUGGGCGCCAUCAUUGCCACCUGGAUUUACCGCGGCUCGGGGGCGCCCCGAUAUGUCACUGGACACUUGAUCAAUUUCGGAGGGUCCUGCCUUCUCUUCAUUACUGUUGGUGUGACUACAGUGUAUUUGAAAUGGGAGAACAAGAUACGAGCGAAGGGAAAGAGGGAUCACAGACUUGCUAAUGCAACAGAAGACGAGAAGUGGAACCUAGGUCACAGUCACCCUGACUAUCGGUAUACAGCUUAA